CGUCGAAAGCGAGAAAGAUAAAGAUCGUUAACUAGACGCUGAAUCUAGUUGCAGGAAGCGAGCGAGAGAGUGAGAUCUCGAAAUCGGCCAUGGAAGAGAGCCCUCGAAGUGGUAUUUCGAGCCCAGAAGCGAAAUUGGGUCUGAAAGUGGAGGAUUUAUGGGACGUUCAAGAACCUCAGCUCAGUCCUUCGGAGAAGCUCAACUCAUGCUUCGAAAGCAUACCCGUAUCUGCAUUUCCUCCUGCCCCUUCAUCACAAGUAAUCGAGAUAAACUCAGAUUCCAGUCUGGAUGAGGCUGUCCAAUUGCUAUCCAAACACAAAAUUCUGAGUGCACCUGUGCGGAAUGUUGAGGCACCAGAAGAUGCCAGUUGGAUUGAUAGAUAUAUUGGCAUUGUGGAGUUUGCAGGAAUUGCUGUAUGGCUUUUGCAUCAGUCCGAAGCUGCAGCUAUUCGGAUGAUGAGUGGAUCUGCUACUGCGGGACUAGUUUCCAGGGAAUCAGCUGCUACUAUAAGUUCUGUAACAUUGGAAACACCAGCCAAUGCAAUAGCUGGUACUGCUAUUGGGCCUGGAAGCUCAGGCCCUGAAGCUUCUGCAUCAAUGGAAGGGAGCUUUUUCGAGAGCCUGACAUCUUCUGACUUCUAUAAGAACACAAAGGUUGGAGACAUAUUAGGGUCAUUCCGCUGGGCCCCAUUUCUUGCUUUACAGACGUCUGAUACCUUUCUGACGAUGCUGUUGCUGCUAUCAAAGUACAGAAUGAAGAGCCUUCCUGUGGUUGAUCUAGGUGAAGGAAAGAUUGAGAACAUAAUCACACAGUCUGCUGUUGUCCACAUGCUGGCUGAAUGCGUUGGGCUUCAUUGGUUUGAAACCUGGGGCGCAAGGAAACUCUGUGAACUUGGUCUCCCUGUAAUGAAGCCUAAUCAAUUGUUGAAGGUGCAUGGGGAUGAACCAGUUCUCCAGGCAUUUAAACUAAUGAGAGCAAAGCGCAUUGGAGGAAUUCCAGUGGUUGAAGGCAAUGGAAGAAAGGUAGUUGGUAAUAUAAGCAUCAGAGACGUUCGGUUCCUUUUAACUGCCCCAGAAAUAUACAAUGAUCACAGAUCUAUAACAGCUAAGAACUUCCUGACAGCAAUUAGAAAGUACUUGGAGGAGCACCAAGAGGAUUCGCCCUUGUUACGUGGAACAAUUACAUGUAGAAAGGAUAACACACUUGAAGAAGUCAUUCGGAGGCUUGACACUGAGAAGAUACAUCGAAUUUAUGUUGUGGAUGAGGAUGAGAAUCUGGAGGGGGUGAUUACACUUAGAGACAUCAUAUCCAAGCUAGUUCAUGAGCCUCAUGGCUACUUUGGGGACUUCUUUUAUGGUGUUGUCCCACUACCUCGGAAUAGCAGUGUUUGAGCCUUUGAGGACCCUUAAAACUUCUGUGCCACCCAUGCUUCACGCUCAUGUUGCCUGCUUUUGUGUUGAAUGCUCUUCUGCUUGGCAAGUGUGUACACUGCUGCUUCUGUUCAGACCUCGGGUUCUCUGGCUGCUUGCCGUCAUGUUGUCUAACUUUGUGUCUGCUAAAUGAAAACACCAGGCAGGGCUAAUAUCCCUGCUUAGUAAUUUCAUCCCCUGCCCUGUCUUCCUUCUCCUGGCCCCCCUCUCCCCCCCCUAAAUUUUUUCUUCCUUGUAAGCAUUGUUGGUUUGUAUUUUCGUUCAAGGAUUUCCAAUCAUAAAUUUGUACAUGUUGAUGUAGAGAUUUUCAGAUUUCGAAAUCCAUUUUUGCAAUCUGCCUCUAUCA